AUGGCACCACAGUCGCGCUGUUUCUCUGCGCCCCUCCAAAAAAUCGUUAAAAAACGUGUCAAGUCGCACUCUAAUGCGGAGCAAGAACUGGCUCAUCUCAAUGCCGCCGAAGAAGCAUUCUGUGCGCAAGAAUGUGAAACAAUGACCGCAAGAAUCACAAUCUCGAAUAAAUCAAAGGCGAACGAGGUCAAAGUAGACAAUCUUGACAAAGGUGUAAAUGUGAAACCCCAAGGGUAUCAAAAGCACACGCCUUGUACACCAGACCUCAAUGGCACUUGGAAAUCUCUUGCACAUGAGAAUACAUCUUCAAGCAGCGUACUAUCAAGGUGA